AUGCCUGCUCAACGACCUUCGCAGCUUCCUCCCUGCCCUGGCCCCCCUCCCAACCGACCUCUGCCUGCUCUUCCCAAGCGAGUUAACCAGCAUGUGUCUUGGGUUUCAGCCUCUUCUCCGGGAUCACGCAACCACCAAUACAUGACACCAACAGGCAGGCACUUGGCUUCAGCUCUUCUCGUCGUCGGUUACACAAUGGCAAAGGACAAGGUUCGCCCGGCUCUUGCGACCUCCCGCGCCGCAUAUGCACAUGCGAACUACGACUGA